AUUAUUCCUCUCCACAUGGCCUUCCUACUUGUGUCAGCCUAUCUUCUGCUGACUCAUGCUUGGGGUGCUCCUGUUGAGAAUGGGGCCCUGUUGGAAACACUGAAGUCACAAGUGGGAUUAUUCAGCAAUAAAAGUGAACACUAUUCAGCACAGGUGAGACCUCCUGGCACAAGCAGACAAAUACCUCAGACAAUCAUCAUAGGAGUUCGUAAAGGAGGGACCAGAGCUUUGCUGGAAAUGUUGGAUAUUCAUCCCAACAUUGUGGUGGCAGCUACAGAAGUCCACUUCUUUGACUGGGAUGAAAAUUAUGUGAAAGGAAUAGACUGGUAUAGAAACCUGAUGCCAUUUUCUUAUGGAAAUCAAAUUACAAUUGAGAAAACACCAGGCUAUUUUACAUCACCACAGGCUCCAGGAAGAAUUCAUGACAUGAAUAGCUCCAUUAAACUGCUGCUCAUUCUAAGAGAUCCCACUGAGAGAGUUAUAUCUGACUAUACCCAAGUGUAUUACAACAGAGUAGAAAGUCGCAAGCCUGUUCAGCUCUUUGAAGAUAUUGUUAUUAAGAAUGGAGUGCUUAAUACCAAAUACAAAGCUAUUCAGAGAAGUCUAUAUGAUGUCCAUAUGGAAAAGUGGCUUAAGCAUUUCAGUUUGGAUCAGAUUCACAUAGUGGAUGGCAAUACUUUGAUCAAGGACCCUCUUCCUGAGUUACAAAAAGUUGAAAGAUUUCUAAAUCUUCCAUCCCGAAUUAUGUCUUCUAAUUUUUAUUUUAACCAAACCAAGGGAUUCUACUGCAUCAGAAGUGAUGGGAGGGAGAGAUGUUUACAUGAAUCCAAAGGGCGUCCCCACCCUCUUGUUAACAGCACAGUUUUAGAGCAACUGUAUUCUUACUUCAGAGAGCACAAUGCAAAAUUUUACAGGAUGGUUAAUCAUUCCUUUGACUGGCAUUAA